AUGCAUUUGAAUGACAACGAAUCUAUGCCUAAAACAGGCGAUCCUACUUACAACAAGCUGUAUAAAGUAGCACCAAUGAUCAAUCAUUUGUCAGAGAAUUUUUUGAAAUUUUAUAAGCCCACUAAAGAGCAAGCUAUUGACGAAAGCAUGAUCAGAUUCAAAGGCAGAAGUUCGCUGAAGCAGUAUCUUCCACAAAAACCAAUUAAAAGAGGUUUUAAAGUUUGGGUUAGAGCAGAUAAAUAUGGCUUUGUUUGUGAGUUUCAAAUCUAUACUGGCAAAAUUGAUGGUAGCGCAGAGAAACUUUUAGGCGAAAGAGUUGUGCGAGAUUUAUCUCGUGAACUAACUUUUAAAAAUUAUCAUUUAUAUUUUGGUAAUUAUUUCACGAGUGUGAGUUUGAUGAUUUGCCUAAAAAAUGAAGGUAUUCAAGCUUGUGGUACUGUCAGAAGUAAUAGAAAGGAGUUACCAAAGUGUCAAAAACCUGAUAAAAGUUUAAAAAAAGGAGAUAGUGAAUACCGAACAUCAUUUAAAGGAAUAUCUUGGGUAAAAUGGAAGGACAAUAAGGCGGUACAGUUCUUGUCUAAUUUUCACGACCCCUCUGAUAUCGCAACUGUUGGAAGAAAACAAAAAGAUGGUUCAAUUCUUCAAAUAACAGCUCCAAAGAUUGCAGUUGAUUACAAUUCUUAUAUGGGAUGUGUAGAUAAAGCAGAUAUGCUUAAGUCUACAUAUGAACUAAACCGGAAAAGUAAAAAACGGUGGCACAGAAUCUUCUGGCACUUAGUUGACGUAACAGUUGUAAAUUCUUUUAUAAUUUACCGGCAAAACAGACCAGAUUCUCAAAUGGCUUUGAAAGAGUUCCGCUUGGCAGUUGCAAAUGAUCUAAUUGGAUAUAGUACUCCAAACAAAAGGGGUAAAAAACAGCAACAAUUGCCGAUCAACAACUACAAACCAAAGAUAUCCACAACCAUGCGAUUUUCUCAAGUUCCUCACCUUCCAACUGUACUAAGUACUCAAAGACGUUGCGUUUGUUGCAGUACCAAAAGUAUUCCCUGUCGAACAUCUUUUUUCUGUUCCACAUGCAAUGUCCCCUUAUGCAUAAAAAAAGAGAAAAACUGUUUUCAAAAGUUCCAUGUUAAAUGA